AUGUCCGGCCCGCUGCAGGCCCUGCCCUGGAGCCGCCAGCUUGUCAGGAACUACUUCGCGGUUCAUUCUCGCGGAGGGAUCUAUGUACGGGGAGGCGCGUACGUCCCUUCUCAGGCUGAUAUAGCAGUCUUUGAAGCAAUCGCUGCCCCACCUCCUGCAGACUUGUUUCAUGCUCUUCGGUGGUACAAUCAUAUUAAGUCGUAUGAAAAGCAAAAGGCAAGCUUGCCAGGAGUAAAGAAGGCUUUGGGGAAAUACGGUCCUGCUGAUGUUGAGGACACAACAGGUGCAGCCACAGAUAGCAAAGAUGAUGAUGACAUUGAUCUUUUUGGAUCUGAUGAUGAGGAGGAAAGUGAAGAAGCAAAGAAACUGAGGGAAGAACGUCUGGCCCAAUAUGAAUCAAAGAAGUCCAAAAAACCAGCUGUUGUUGCCAAAUCAUCAAUCUUGCUUGAUGUGAAACCUUGGGAUGAUGAGACAGACAUGGCCAAACUAGAGGAGUGCGUUCGAAGCAUUCAGGCAGAUGGCUUGGUCUGGGGAUCUUCUAAGCUAGUACCAGUUGGCUAUGGUAUCAAAAAGCUUCAGAUCCAGUGCGUUGUUGAAGACGAUAAAGUUGGAACAGAUAUGCUGGAAGAGAGAAUAACAGCUUUUGAAGAUUAUGUACAAUCAAUGGAUGUAGCUGCUUUCAAUAAGAUUUAAGUCUUGAUAUAUCUAGAAUAAAUGUAAUUGCAAAAA